AACUGUGACCUCUAUAUAUCCCCCUCCAUGAAGUGUUUGCCAAGGUUAGAAGGGGAAUAUAUAUGCGUUAGAACCCAGCUCUGAGUCUGACACACUGCAUUGUGCAUAUGACAUAUUGGAUGUUUGUUUGGAACAGAGCUGAUAACAAGAUGCCGGGAAGUGAAGGACUAUCUAUGAAAGGCAGUGUAAAUGAUGAUGAUCGGUUGAAGAGAGAAACUUGGGCUCAGAAGAGAGAGUAUAUAUUGUCUAUGCUUGGCUACAGUGUUGGAUUUGGAUCGCUGUGGAGAUUUCCCUACCUUUGCAACAGAAACGGGGGUGGUGCCUUCCUCAUCCCAUAUUUCACUGCUAUCAUCGCAUGCGGUGUUCCGUUGUUCUUCCUGGAGGUUUCCAUCAGCCAGUUCUCCAGCAGGAGUGCCACGCAUGUCUGGGUUGUAUGCCCCCUACUCAAAGGAAUUGGCAUCGCCCAAGUGUUAACAUGCAUAAUUGGUAUUAUGCCGUAUGCUCUCAUAACGGCUUGGGCAAUAUACUAUCUGAGCCAAUCCUUCAGUUCUUUAUUGCCCUGGACAACAUGUGAGAACUGGUGGAACACCCCUGUAUGUAUCAAUAAGGUAACCAAUGACUCAUCAGAAGUAUGCUUCAACAGUACCGUGGAGCACCAGCUUCUCCACGAUGCAGUAUGGAGAAAGCCGAACUCGACAUUGACAGCGUCGGAGGAGUUUUGGCAGUUCAACGCCCUUCGGGUGUCAACUGGGAUCGACAAUUUUGGAUCAGUACAGUCCCAUAUGAUCAUCUGUCUCCUGUGUUCAUGGACAUUAGUGUUUCUGUGCUUAAUGAAAGGUGUGCGGGCUGUAGGGAAGGUGGGUCACUUAAAUUUGAAAGUGAUGGUGUUUUACCGAAGGAACGAACAUGGGGAGGUGAUUUUGAGUCACGUUGUUUAAUCAUCAAGAGAAUCAUCUUUCCUGUAGUACGUAAACCUUACCGUUUUCCAACUGUCUUGAUAAAUUCUCUUAAUGGAAUUUCGGGCGUCAUCUUGGUGACAAAAAUAUGAAGCAGAAUUUGAAGCCGUUUGUAACAUGCUUUUGGAAUCGUGUGAGAAGCACAGUCUUCUAUCGGUGUACAUUUUCCUACCGCGAUUCCGUGCAGAAUGGCAAGCAUACGGAAAGUUCUGGUCGUGAUGUCGUUUGCAAUAGGUGACAUUUAAGUAUGGCAAGUAUAUGGUGAAGUGUAUGUGUGUUGCAUGAGUUGCAUUUAUUGCGAAAUGGCAUUUUGUAGGUUCAUGAAGUGUAUGUUCUGCAUCAGUUGUCUUGUGGGAUGGCAAAA